GCAGUGAGUGAAGAAGAGAAGCUUUCUGCUCCUUGAAUGGACCAAACUGAAGGUGGUGAUCUUCCAUCUCGUUUCUUUUUGAAAUUCUGCCCGACUCAAGUGGUCACCAUGAGCUGGAGGAGCUUCCACAGAGUUUUUAUGCUGGUGUCAGACAACUAAGGGGGAAUCGACUUUGGAGAGUCUUGACUCUCAUAGCAGGACGCUGGAUCUUUGAGUCCAGGGCAAAAGGUCAGUCGGGGCGUCUUGAUUGAGAGGCUGAGAGCGUCGCAAGAUAACAACGUCCAUCUUUUAUCCUUUUUCCUCCUGAGCCAAAAUGGGUUCAGAUGUACGCGACCUGAACUCUCUGCUACCUCCGGUCCCAACGGGGCCCAGUCCGAGCUGCCCGGCCCCGCAGUGGGCUCCCGUCCUGGACUUCCACACGGCCGCCUCUCCUUACUCGUCUCUGGGAGCUCCUCACACGUCCCUGGGGCCGCACUCCUUCAUCAAGCAGGAACCCAGCUGGGGGAGCACAGGUGACCCCCACCUCCUCGAGUCGGAUCCUCACUGCGGCCUCAGCGCCUUCACCGUCCACUUUUCAGGGCAGUUCACGGGCACGGGGGCUUGUCGGUACGGGGCCGCUUUCGGGGCGCCCCCUUCCGCGCCGCCGGCCUCCAGCCAGCCGCCUCCUGUCGGGCCCCCGCAUCACCAUCAGACCCCCAGCAGGAUGUUCAGCAACCCGUCGUACUUGACCAACUGCACGGACACACAACCUGCAGUACGCAACCAGACAGGUUACAGUGCGGUGGCGUUCGAUGGAGCCAGUAAUUACGGUCACACUCCAACUCACCAUAGCUCGCAGUUCUCCAACCACUCCUUCAAACACGAAGACUCUUUAAGUCAUCAGAACGCCAUCGCGGAGCAGCAGUAUUCGAUGGCCCCUUCCAUGUAUGGAUGUCACACACCUUCAGACAGCUGUGCAGGCAGCCAGGCUCUGCUGCUGAGGAACCCGUACAACAGCCAUGCAGGAGGCUAUGACAGCGACCCCAGCACACCCAUGGUGUACAGCUGCAGCACACAGUACCGCAUACACACCCACGGCGUCUUCAGGGGACUGCAGGACGUAAGGCGGGUGCCCAGCAUCAAUCCAACCAUCGUGCGGUCGGAGAGCAGCGAGAAGCGUCCGUUCAUGUGUCCUCACCCAGGAUGCAACAAGCGCUACUUCAAGCUGUCGCAAUUGCAAUUGCACGGCCGUAAACAUUCAGGUGAAAAACCUCACCACUGUGAGGUUGCAGACUGCGGUCAGAGCUUUUCUCGCUCUGACCAACUUAAAAGACAUCAGAGGAGACACACAGGUGUUAAACCCUUCGAAUGUGAGACGUGUCAGAGAAAGUUCUCUCGGUCUGACCACCUUAAGACACACACCCGGACUCAUACAGGUAAAACAAGCGAGAAACCUUUUAACUGUCGCUGGCCAAAUUGUCAGAAGAAGUUUGCCCGAAGUGAUGAGUUGGUGCGACACCACAACAUGCACCAGAGGAACCUCACCAAGCUGCAACUGGCCGUCUGAGUCGCUCACUUUGACAAACCCAGAGAACGUAUUACAGUUAUGUUUAUUUAUUCAGUCUGGGCAGCGGAUUCCAACAUUUGCCAUGAUAUUGUUCAACCAGUGCACAGAUGACAUGAAAUUGCAUUAUUUCGGCUUUAGGAGUACUGCAUUUUUCUAGGUUUAUUUGAUUAAAUUGUUAGUUUAGUCACUUUGAAACACGUCCUACUCUAAGGCAAUGGGUGUCCAAAGUUUUGGAUUUGCUCCCUGGCAUAAACGUUCUUUGCCAGGGGUGCCCAAACAUUUUCCCUCCAAGGGCCAAAGUGUAAAUGUGCCAGUGGUUUGCGGGCCAAACAGCAUUUUUUUUACAAUGCAACAGCACCACCUGUGAGUAAUUUAGCCUCAUACCGCUAAGGUACUAAAAAUUGUCACACAGCUGUGUGCCAAAUUCAGUUAACAUGCAACUCACCAUCUUUUAUUUCCAUUUUUAACCUCAAAACAUUCCAAAAAGUAAUUUUCUGGAGAUUUUUGCCAUUUUCAAGUGUUGUUCUGUAACCAGCUCCUCCUAUAUUUUUCAUCUGAUCUAUUUAAAAUUUUGACUUGACAGAUUAGAUUUAUGGAAGAUGCAAAAUUUUGAAGCGUUAAUAUGAUGUGGAUGAAGCCUUCCGACCAAUAUUAUCCUUUUACGUACAGUGUCAAAAAGUCAGAAUUUAACCGUAGAGCAGGGUUUGUUAAAUAAAGAUUAAAAACUAGUUGACCUGUAAAAAAAUUAAAAUAAAAAAAGAUCUGUAGAUUUUAUGACACAAAAAACUGGUUGCUGAGUCACCAGAAUGUUAACAUCCCUUUUUAAGGUGUAUUUUUACACUAAUUUACUGCAAAUUGAAAAAAUUUAACACUGUUCAGUUCAGUUAUAGUUUAUUUCGAACAUGCAAACGAUACAAUAUAAUGCCUCACAUUUUUCCAGUUGUUUCAUUACGGCACAUCCUAAAAGGGGUAGGAAGAAGCUGAGCUUAUUUAAUCCUACUCUUUUUCAUAUCAUAGCAAUUUUAUCACAUUUCCUUGUUCUCUGUAACAGAAGAGUAAAUAAAUAAUAAAUUCAUAAUAUACCAUAGUAAAUAAACACAUAUUAAAUAGAUAAAUAAUCUUUAUUAAAAAUAACCCCAAUGUUUUUACAUUAAGUUCUGGUGACUGAUCUGACAGUUUUUUACCGUAAAAUCUAUUCUCCUUUUUUUUUGACAGUGCAUUACUAUGAAUUUAUAAAAGGUUUGAUUGAUUGAUUGGUUGAAACUUUUAUUAGUAGACUGCACAGUACAGUACAUAUUCCGUACAAUUGACCACUAAAUAAGUUUUUCAACUUGUUUAAGUCGGGGUCCAUGUAAAUCAAUUCAUGGUAAAAAUUCAGGUACCACUGUCAUUUUUACCGCAAAAAUCUGGCAACUGAGCUGCUAAUUUUUUAACCGUGAAAUUUACAUUUCCUGUUUUAACAGAAUCGGUGACAAAGGGCAGCCUUGGCACUGAUUUUGUUCAUAACCUUUAUGGACAGAAUUUCUAGGCGCAGUCAAGGCGUUAAGGGGUUGCGGUUUGGUGACCGCAGGAUUAGGUCUCUGCUUUUUGCAGAUGAUGUGGUCCUGAUGGCUUCAUCUGACCGGGAUCUUCAGCUCUCACUGGAUCGGUUUGCAGCUGAGUGUGAAGCGACCGGAAUGAGAACCAGCACCUCCAAGUCCGAUUCCAUUGUUCUCUCCCCGAAAAUGGUGGAGUGCCACCUCCUGGUUGGGGAGGAGACCCUGCCCCAAGUGGAGAAGUUCAAGUACCUAGAAGUCUUGUUCACGGGUGAGGGAAGAGUGGAUCGUGAGAUCGCAUAGGUGCGGCGUCUUUAGUAAUGCGGACGUUGUACCGAUCCGUUGUGGUGAAGAAGGAGCUGAGCCGGAAGGCAAAGCUCUCAAUUUACCGGUCGAUCUACGUUCCCAUCCUCACCUAUGGUCAUGAGCUUUGGGUCAUGACCGAAAGGAUAAAAUCACGGGUACAAGCGGCCGAAAUUAGUUUCCUCCGCCGCGUGGCAGGGCUCUCCCUUAGAGAUAGGGUGAGAAGCUCUGUCAUCUGUGAGGAACUCAAAGUAAAGCUGCUGCUCCUCCACAUCGAGAGGAGCCAGAUGAGGUGGUUCGGGUAUCUGGUAAGGAUACCACCCGAACGCCUCCCUAGGGAGGUGUUUAGGGCACAUCCAACCGGUAGGAGGCCAAGGGGAAGACCCAGGACACGUUGGGAAGACUAUGUCUCCCGGCUGGCCUGGGAACGCCUCGGGAUCCCCUGGGAAGAGAUAGACGCAGUGGCUGGGUAGAGGGAAGUCUGGGCUUUCCUGCUUAGGAUGGAUAAGCGGAAAAAAAUGGAUGGAUGUUUUAACAGUGCAUUAGCGUAUAAAAUAGUAUCACUGAUGAUUUUAUUAUACAUUUUUGGCAACUGAACUGCCAGGUUUUUACAGUAAACUUUACAGAAUUUUUUUUUUUUUUACAGUGCAGCCUAGCGUACAUUACCGUCAAUGAUUGUGCAGCUUGAAGGAGGUCAGUAUAAAUGUCUUACAUUUGGUAGCCAACCUUUAGCAGGCCAUGUAAACUGACACGACGGGCCAAAUUCAGCCGGGGGGCCCCACUUUGGGUGUUCAUGGGUGCAGUUGUCGAGGGCCACGGCGACUGUGGCGACCAGUCACUUCAGGAGCUGAUCAUCAAAAUUAUCGACGUGCUCUGCAGGUGUUUGCUUGUUUUCCUUUGAUGGACUAAUUUACCUCAUGGAUACGAUUAUACUUUGCCUGCUGAACUCUUUCAUAAUAGUCUUAGUUUGGUUUAGCAGCAUCACGUCUGCGUCCAUUCAAACGCCCAGAAAGAUAUUUGAUAAUUUAGCAUCAUUUUAUAUGCCGUCAUUAUGACAUCGUGUUUCUAAAACGACCGCACUAUUCAAGUUUAUAUUGUAGCCUAAUCAUUUCCAUAAAAAUAUAGGGCCUGAUUUGCUAAGAUUAAAAUACCACACGUUAAACAGCAAACUAUAAAAUUGCGUGGACUAUUACUGGCUGUGUUUUGUGCAAAAGUGGUGCAGACCGCCCUAUAAAAAAUAAGGUUUUUGCAUGUACAGUCGUGGUCAAAAGUAUACAUACACUAGUAAAGAACAUAAUGUCAUGGCUGUCUUGAGUUUCCAAUAAUUUCUACAACUAUUUUUUUUUUUUUUUUUUUUUUGAUACUGUAGAGUGAUUUCAGCACAUACUUGUUGGUCACAAAAAACAUUCAUGAAGUUUGGUUCUUUUAUGAAUGUAUUAUGCGUCUACUGAAAAUGUGACCAAAUCUGCUGGGUCAAAAGUAUACACAGCAAUGUUAAUAUUUGGUUUGAUGUCUUUUGGCAAGUUUCACUGCAAUAAGGUGCUUUUGGUAGCCAUUCACAAGCUUCUGGCAAGCUUCUGGUUGAAUUUUUGACCACUCCUCUUGACAAAAUGUAUGCAAUUCAGCUAAAUGUGUUGCUUUUCUGACAUGGACUUGUUUAUUCAGCAUUGUCCACAUGUUUAAGUCAGAACUUUGGGAAGGCCAUUCUAAAACUAUUAUGUGCACGCUGACAGUGUGCUAUUCAACGAGGCGGUGGACCAUCACAACACCGCAGCAAAUUAAUGCGUCCGAAACUAACCAAAUGCGAGAAAAUGCAUAUUGCAAGACGUUUUUUUCAAAAAAGGAGAUAAUAUUGUAUUUCCCAAAUGAAAAAACAAGUACCAUUAAAGAAAAACACCAGCAGACACCAAAACACAUCAAUUUAAAUAGUUUUAAUAAAAACCUAUACAAUUAUAAAAUUAUAUUGCUGAAUUGACGGUAUGUGUAAUAUUUUUAUUUUAGACAAUCCAUAUAUGUUGACUAGCAUACGUAGGACGGAGCUGCAAACUUCAAAGCGCGAUGAUGGUGAGGGACGACUGUAUUACAAUACUUAUCACUGUAUUACAAUACUCACUAGGCUCCAGUCAGCCCUAUAACCCCUAACGAGUAAUAUUAAAAACUGAAAUGGGAUCACAAACAUAAUCUCGGCAUACAUUAUUCUAAAAAUAAAAUAACUAUUAAUGAGAUAUAUUAUUAGACAUUACACCAAUUUGCUUUGUCACCCAUAACACAAAGUUAAGCUAUAGAUGUUUGCUCAGAUAGCUUAGCAUUAAUUGACCUACAAUGCACAUUGGAUUGGUUUUAGCCACUUUAAUGCACAGAAUGUAUUAUAGUGCACCCCCGCGUUCUUCCACUUUUACAUACAGUGGAAAAACUUUGGACACCCCUGCCCUAAGCAAUUCAUCAGAUUUCAUCCUCACAAAACAUAUCUAAACACACACACACACAUACACACACACACACACACACACACACACACACACACACACACACACACACACACACACACACACACACACACACACACACACACACA